UUUCCUGGCGCGGCGUCGGUGUGGAGCUGCCACACGCCCGAGCCCACCGGCACCACGACGGCCCUGGCUUGCAUCCUCCAGUGUUUGUUCUGUCAGCAAGUCCAGCAGAGUUGCAACCCGUCCGGAGCGGACGGCCGCGCCGGCGAGGAGCUCCGGCCCUCGGACAUGGUCAAGAUGACCAAGUCUAAGACCUUCCAGGCCUACCUGCCCAGCUGCCACCGCACGUACAGCUGCAUACACUGCAGAGCGCACCUGGCCAACCACGACGAGCUCAUCUCCAAGUCCUUUCAGGGCAGCCAAGGAAGAGCUUAUCUUUUUAACUCUGUGGUGAACGUCGGCUGCGGUCCGGCCGAGGAGCGGGUUCUCCUCACGGGUCUUCACGCCGUGGCCGACAUCUACUGUGAAAACUGCAAAACCACGCUGGGCUGGAAAUAUGAGCACGCCUUUGAGAGCAGUCAGAAGUACAAAGAGGGAAAGUUCAUCAUCGAGCUGGCUCACAUGAUCAAAGACAACGGAUGGGAGUGACUCUCAACGCUCUAACUUGGGCGCUGGCUUGUCAAACUGUGACAAGUGGACCCCCCCACCCUCCCAAUCCCAGCCCCCCCCACCCUCUCCACGUCGUCUGUGACAUCACGCCACAGGGAGGCGACCAUGCUUUCAACUGACUUGUCGUGGUGACCUCUUGCUGGACAGCGAUGGACCACUUCUUUACGUUAGUGGAUAAGCGGUUAGCAUCGACUCGCUUUUUUUCUUUUAUUUUAAUGUGACGCGCUGCUGAUACGGACGUCGUUUUGAUAAAAUAAUGUAGCAUUGGCGAAGGAGCUAGCAUGUAAGCAAGCUCACAGGUUAGUUGCGCUGCUCACAGCUAGCUGCGCUGAACUAAUACGGCAGCGGAAACCGAACAAUUCAGCGAGCUAGCAUGUUGCUGAGCUAACAAGUUGGCGAACAAGUGUGCCCCUUUCGUAACAAUCUUUACCCUUAUUUUGGUUUCUUUUUUUUUUUCUUUCCAAAGUAUCAGAUCGUUAGCAAGCUAGAAAGUUGGAGAGUUAGCAUGCUAAUUUCUGAUUUUAUUUACGAUAUUUCCCCUUUUUGGUUUCUUCUUUGGUGUUUUCUUUCCCAGGUUUCAGAUCAUGUUACAAAAAAACCAUCAUAGCAGUAUUUCUCCACCAUAAAUAUAUGAAAUUAUGAAUAUAUUGAUAUUUAAAUAUAUAUAUGAAGAUAGUAGUAGUGUUUGGUUAAUACGAGAGUGGCUGGUCCCAUUUGAGAAACUGAUUGCAGAUCCUUAGAAAGAGAAGUUAUUUAGUACGUGGAUGUUAUACAUACAUUUAUAAUUAUAUAUAUAUAUAUAUAUAAUUAUAUGCACUCACUGUUGUUCGCUCUCAUGCACACGUGUGUAUUUGCAUUAUGACGUGCAACUGUUUUCUGCACUUUGCGGAGUCAUCUGCUUAACGUCAGCUUGGAGGUCAAACCACAAUAACGUUCGGACAUUUUCUCGUUUUUUUUUAUGUUUCCUUUGAUCAUGGAUAGUUCUGACAGACAAUUUCUUGUUUUGCUUCUUUAUCACAAUUGUCUCAUUUUAAUAAGGAUAGACAGCUACGACAUUUUCCCUUUUUGAGACAGUCAAGACUUGUUUUAGUAAUAAUGGACAAUUGGUAAGGUUGGGCAUCGUUUGAAUUUGAGCGAUUCCGGUUCCUUAUUUCGAUUGAGAUUCUUUUUAGGGGGCUGGGUCAAAAAAAGUUUGCAUGGUUUAAAUAAAGUGUGUCCAAAUUAUGAAUAGUAGAAAAUAUAACUUUGUUAAAAUCGUUAUUUGGGACUGUUUUAUCACGUCAAAUGGUUUAUAUGUGCAAGUUUUAACCUGACUUCCUGUUUUAAGCUUAUAGUCUUUUAUAUUGAAGGGUACACACCGGAACUCAGACUUAAGGCACGAAAAGUAACUUCACACGGCACCGGUGAUUAAAAAAAUAAAUAAAUAAAUGGAUGGAACCAAAUGCUAAAAAAAACGUUGAUUCCGUUCCUAAGCCACCAAUGAGGCACAAGUUUAGUGUUUGUGAGACGACGUUGAUGUGAAUUCUGUCCCAAUUCAUUGUGAUGUAAAGUUGCUUUGGUGAAGUUUUACUCGAUAUGAAGCUUUUUCUUUUCUGUCAUCAGCACUUACGUUGGUUUGAAGUAAAUGCUAAAAACCAUCAGUGCAUAAGGGCAACCAACCGUUUACCUUGUUAACAUAGUCUUAUUUUAUUGUUUUACUCACCCAGUUGAUUGAGAGUUGACUUCACUGAAGCUCCAUGUGGUGUAGGCUGAGGCUUGGAGCGUGUCAGACACUACCCAUCAUGAAAAUCUCCUUUGCACAAUAUAAUCUUAUUCCAAGUAAAAUUAUACUGAGGCGACUGGUCAUUAAUGUUAUCAAAGUUAAGACACACCUUUGUUCGCCGCCACUGGGCACAAGCAUGUCUUCGUGUGUGUUCUUCUUUGUUGGUUUUCACCGCUUCGUUGGGUUUUGCCACUAUUUCUUCAGGGUUGGUGGACUAUGCAUCGAAACUGGGAACCGAAAUUUCUAAAUUUGCGCGACUCCGGGAGAACCACAACGUUAGUCCCGGUCCCAAUCGAUUCUCGAUGCCCAACCCUAUCGAUUGGAUAUUUUUCUUGUUUUUCACUUAUGUGAUGAUUGGACAUUUCCAAAAUGUUCUCCUUUUUAAAUUUGUUUCUGUGGUAGAGAGUUACGACUUGUUCCUGUGUUUUUUGAGUCACGACAUUUUCUCAUUUGGCUUAAGUGAAAGAGAGUUUUGGAAUUUUCUUUUUAGUAGUUUAGUUUUCAGGUCUGUGAUGAUUUAGUUACCUUUUCCCGUUGUUUUUUUUCUGAUAGUUACAUUUUCUCUUUUUUAUAUCUCUCAUUAGUGACAGUUAAGAUAUUUACUCGUUUUACGUGUAUGCUCGACAAUUAUUUUCUUGUUUUACUUCUCUGGUGACGACAGUUACGACAUUUCCUCGUUUUAAAUUUUAUUUCUGAAAAGAUGGACAGUAACUACAUUUUACUUGUAUGAUGACCGUUUUGAAAUUUUCACCUGUUUUCGUUCGCUGUGAUGACUGCUCUGACGUUUUCCUGUUUUACUCGUUGAUUGUCAGUCGAAAAAUGUUUUUGGGUUUACUUAUGUGGUGAUCGACAAUUACAUUUCCUUUUUUUUUUUAAUACAAUAAUCAUCAAGUCAGUUUAUUAUUUUGCUCUUGUGACUUCUGCAGUGAUGGACAAUUACAUAUUCCUAUUUUUCAUGAUCAUGAAUAGUUACUACAUUUUCUCUUUUUGCUUUAUUUCUGUGAUAACUGCAAUUAGGGUGUCUUUUUUUAAUGACAUUCAGUUCUGACUUUCUUGUUUUACUAACAAUGGACUGUUAAAUUUUUUUCAUUGUUGGACAGUUCUGACUUUUUCAUUGGACACUUGGGACAGCUUCCUAGUUUUAAGUUUAUUUCCGUGACGACAGACACUACAUUUUUUUCCGUUUUUGCUUGUGUAAUGGAUGUUUAUAACAUUUUCUCAUGUUUUCUGUUCUGACGUUUUCUCAUUUAACUUCUGUGAUUACGAACAGGUUUUAGUGCACUUUACAAUCUCAAUGUUUUGAGCGUCUCUGGCCUCCAAGCUGCACCCAAUCACACGGCUCCGCAAAAAAAAAAUGUACGUUGUGCAGCGCAUAAUUCCGCCCUCCUUGAAUGAAAAAGGAAAAGGAACCACGCUACAUCAAACUUGUGCACAUUUGGCGGGAUGAGAGAAAAGUGAUUGAUUACUUUGCCGGCGAAGCACAUUCCAAUCACGCUUAUUUUCCUCCUCAAAUAAAAAAAAAAGAAAUGUUAGCGUUUACCAUUAGCAACUCUACUUGAACAACAAAUUGCGGAGAAAUUGUCCCCCUUUUUUGUACAUAAGGUGACAUCAUAUUUAAGCUUUUUAUAUGUAUAUUUCUACCAGCUUUUCUGUUGUCCCCAACUUGAAGCACUUUUGUGUGUGAGUGUGACUGUGUGUAUGAAGCUAGGCCACUUUUGUUUGCUUAGCCUGUUUAUUUAGUGGCGUGUUUGGACAUCGAGGGCGAGCUGGAAUCUCCCGCCAUCAUCUUGCCCCACCAGCCAUUUUGGAGGUCCAAGUAUUUUGUUGAUGUUUUUUUUUUUUUUUUUUAAGGCUGCACACUUGAUUGUAUUUCCUGUUAUUUAUUAGCAUCUUGCUGGCCUUAGCAGUUGUUGGAUCCCAAAUCAGGGCUCCUUGCUGUUUUUGUUUUUAAAUCAUCUUUAAAAAAAAAAGAAAAAAAGAGAGCUUUCUGGAAAGGAGAAGUGUCUGUUUUGUUCACCCUGGCAUCCCUGCUUGAGCUGUAGCUUUCUACACCGUGAAGGUGCAUUCAAGUGCUAGCGUAGAGUCAGGAACUGUCACAUGGCCUCAUUGUUUACAUCUGUGACUUGAGAUCUUUAUGUUAACGUGGUCAUUAAAAUGACAUUCGUCAUCGUGGGCGUUUGUUUCGGAUACUGAGCUGCAGCUUUACAAUGACUCAAAUGGUGCAUUCAAGCACUCAUGCAAACUUCAGAAAUGUCUCACACCUUAUGUUAAGACUCCCCAAAAAAUCUUACCGGACUCUAGAAGCUUUUUUUUUUUUUUUUUUUUUUUUUUUUUCCCCCCUUUUCUUUCUCCUCCCUUUCUCCUCUGUCAACUGAGAUGCAGCUUUCCCUUAAGUGGACGGUUCGUUCAAGUGCUCACAUAAAACGAGGAACUAUCACGACUUGGAUGUUUACACCCGUGACUGACAUGCCCAAAAAAUGCUUCACGGACGAGCAAAGCGUUCGUUUUACUCACCCUGGCGUCUCACCUGAGCUGCAGUUUUCUCACACUGUUCUUGGUGGAUUCAAGACUUUGUGUAAAGUUGGAAAUUACCACAUAAUUUGGACAUUUACAUCUGUGACUGGCUGGACAGGGGAAGCGUUUGUUUUGUUCACCCUGGCAAUUUCACCGAGCCACGACUUUGCAAUGAGUCAGUGGUGGAUUCGAGCACUCAGAUAAUGUCUGGAAUUAUCACAUGACCUGGUUGUUUACACCUGUAACUAACUGGGCACCUGGCAUCCCCACCGAGCUGCAACUUCGAAUCAGUCAAUGGUGUGUUCAAUAAAGUGGGAAACAACAUGACCUUGUUGUCGCCAAAAGGUAACGUACUGGACUGGUGGGGUGGCGUUAGUUUUGUCUGCUGUAGUGUCCUGUCUGCUGCAGUCUUUCCAAUCAGGCAAUGGUGUGUUCAGGUGCUUGCCGAUAAAAAUUUGGAAACACCACAUGGACUUGUAUUGUUUGCAGCUGUGAUGAAAUGUGCAACAGUGGCAGGAAGCUGGAUGUGGCAGUGUGAUCAGACAACUUAAUAACUUUUAUUUUGUUCACUCGGGCGUAUUCUGUAAUCAAUUAACAGUGCAUUUGAUGCUCGUGUUAAAGUCUGGAAAUUACAACGUCCCAGUUAGAACUACAGUCCCCUUGGAAGUGUUGGAUCAACAAAGUCAAUUCCUUUGUUUUUAUUGUAUACUGAAGACAUUUGGGUAUCAGAUCAAAAGAUGAAUAUGAGACAAAAGUUCAGAAAUUCCAGCUUUUAUUUAAUUAUAUUUGCGUGUUAAACAACUGAAGACAGAGCACCUUUUGUUUGAAGCCACCCACUUUUCAAGUGAGCAAAGGUAUUGGAACAGUCAUGAUUAAAUUAGCUUCAAGUCAAUAACAUUUCAUAUUUGGUGGCAUAACCCUUACUUGCAAUAACAACAUCAAGCGUGCGACCUAUUGACUUCACCAGACUGUUGCAUUCUUCAUUUCAAAUGGUUUUCCAGGCCUUUACUGCACCUUCUUUCAGUUCUUGUUUGUUUCUGAGGGUUUCUCCCUUCAGUCUCCUCUUUAGGAGGUAGACUGCAUGCUCUGUAGGGUUAAGGUCCGGUGAUUGACUUGGCCAGUCUAAGCCCUUUCACUUUUAAGCAAUCAAUCUAAAAGGCAACACCUGAGGAACUCGAAACAACCAGCAGUCACAUGUUCUAAUACUUUUGCUCACUUGAUAAGUGGGUGGCUUCAAACAAAAUGUGCUCCGUCCUGAGUUGUUCAACACAUCUAGAUGUAAAUACCAUGAAAUAAAGGCUGGAUUUCUGAACUUUUGUCUCAUUCAUUUUUUGAUCUGGAAUCCAAAUGUCUUCAGUAUACAACAAAAACAGGAAAUGACCUUGCUGUUCCAAUACUUUUGGAGGGGACUGUAUAUUCAUCCGCCCCCAAAAAGCUUUGAAGCAUUUGUUUUUUCCCACUCUGGCACCCCCCACAGAGAUGCAGUUUACCAAUCUGUCACAUCUGUUCACGUAAAGUCAGGAACUAUCACAUGACUUGAAUGUUUACACCUGUGACUGACUGGACAAGAGAAGUGUUUGUUUUGUUCUCCCCCACCACACACACACACACACACAAGCUGCAGCUUUCCAGUCAAUUAACGGUAUGUUCAGGCGCUCACGUAAAUUUGAAAAGUAUCAUAUGACUUUGAUGUUUACGCUUGUGACUGGCUUCUUCUCUAAAAUAGCUUCACGGACAAGAGAAGUGUUUGUUUCAUUUACCCUGGCGUCCCCUUUGCCCCCAGCACCUGAGCAGCAGCUUUCCAAACAGCCAGCGGUGCGUUCAAGUACUCUGAUAAAGUUGGGAAAAGUGACAAUGUUGUGUUGAAGCUCCUAUUUAUGACCCCACCCCCACCCAAAAAAAAGCUGAGGGCACAGGAGGAGCGUUUGUUUUUGUACACCCUGACACCCCCAGUCGAGCCACAGCUCUCCAAACCGCCAACGGUGCGUUCAAUUACUCACAUAAAGUCAAACUGCCACAAAACACAUCUAUACUGGCUUCUUGAGUUGUAUCACAGGAAGAGUAUUUGUUUUAUUUGUUGGCGUCCCCCAACGAGCCAGUUCUCCAAUCAGUCCAUGGUGUGUUCACGUGUUGGCGUAAAAGUUACCAACUGCCUCGGUACAUCGUAUCGAUACUUCUGACUGGCUUGUGUAGACUUAAUGUUACGGGAAUGUUUAGUUCAUCCUGGCAUCCCGACAACAAGCUGGCUUGUCGUCUGUUGAAUUUAGGGCCUCCAUCUCGGCGGCCACCAUCAGUGACUACCAAAAAAAAAAAAAAAAAAAAAGGGAGUCUUGUCCAAUUGCAAAAUCCCAAAAAGUGUGGAAUGAUAUUUUUGUUUUGACAGCAGAAGGGAGGUUUGUGGAGAGGGGGGGGGAGAGAGUUUUUGCCAACUUAUCUGAUGUCAUGUGACACUGGUGAGCGCCUCUUUAAUGCUGGUGAAUUGAGGUGGACAGCAUGUAUUCAUAGAAUGACUAUUAUUUUUAUUCUAUUCUAUUCUGUGCCUGUUCUGUUUCUCAUUGAAAAUGUUUGGGAUUAUUCUGAUGCUGAUUUUUAUUUGGUCUGCAUUCUGCCUCAGUAGACGUCUCUUUUCACUCGUGUAAACUAUCUUGAUAUCACAAUAAAAUUUUCAAUGCUAUUCACUUCACCGUUUUAAUUUGAUUACAUUUCCAAUAAAGUUUGUACUUUUUUCCCAAACAAGUUGAGGAAAUUUAAACUUCCUAAAAAAAAAUUCUCGGCAUGGUAGCUGACUGGUUAGCACAUCUGCCUCACAGUUCAGAGGACCUAGGUUCAAAUCUUGCCUUGCCUGUGUGGAGU